UCGGGAAACCAAAGCUCUGCAGCUUUCCUUCUCCUCUCUCCCUCCUCCCGGGGGUUCCCAGGUUGGGGGAAGCAGCCGGAGUCACCAGGACCCCAGCAAAGGGACCAAAAUCUGUUGGGACCAAAUUCCAGCUCCAGUGGGGGUGGGGAAAGGGCUGAGGGUGAGGGAUGCUGGUCCCCAGGGCUGGGGGGAGGGAUGGGCUGGCAGCCCCCACCCCAUGCCUCCCUGGCUCAUGCCGUUGCUUCUCCCAGCUCCUCGGUGCCCGGUUUGUUCCCCUUCGGUCUUUGCUCCCGUCGCUCCUCGAAACAGGGAAACGUUCACAAGUUAAAACCUUCAAAUCUUUCUUUCUCCUCGGGAUUCAGAGCGGCUGCUCUGGACAGACCUGGAAGCGGCUCCUGCUGCUUCUGCCUCGGGCUCUGGCUGCCUCAUUCCGUGUCCCCCCUGGGGUUCCCAUGUCCCCCCCGUUCCCCCCUGGGGUUCCCUGUCCCCCCUGUCCCUCCCCGGGGCUCUGCUGCCCCGGUAAAGGCUUUGCCCAGAAGCUGCUGCUCCUGCUCCAGGGCUGGAGAUGGCCCAGGCUCCCCCCUGCUCCGUGCUGGGGGGGACUGCAACACCGAGACCUCACGUCCCCCCCCACCAGCUCCAGCUUUUUGUCUCUGGGCCAGGGUCUGGGGCUUCCCCUGAGCCCCCCGUGCUGGGGCAACCUCUUCCCCUCAGCAGUGGUCGCUCCCCAAGUUCACUCAGAAUCUUCCUGCUUUUCCUCUUGCUGCUUGUGGGGCUUUUGGGACCCUCCUGAGCCCUCCACCUCCUGGGUAGAUGGGCUGGGGGGGGCUGGCAGGGUCAGCCCCCAUCCUCAUGCGGGUUCUGAGCCACGUUUGAAGGAUCCUCCCCCUCUUGCCACCGCGUUGGGGACCAUCCUGGGUGACUGUCCCCUCCAGCAGCUCGGUCUCCAGUGGCAGAGCCCGGGGUUCAGCACCCUGAGCCACCCUGCACCUCUCUCUGGUCCCCAGCAGUGGUGGCUUCUGGGGUCACCACUGACCUGGGGUGACAUCAUGGACCAAAAAUCUCAAAGCACAUCCCUGUCCCCUUCCCUCUGGGGCUCGGAAGGUCCCGGAGCUGGACGGGGGCAGGUCUAACUGGAAGCCCAUGUAGGGAGGACAGGAAUGGGAUGCUCUGAGGAGCAGAGUGGUGAUGCCUCCAGCAUCCCCCCUGUCCCCGUGCCUGGUCACAGCCCCGGCUCAGCCCGGACCAUGGACCCCGGGCAGCUGGAGGGGACAGUCCUGAUGUUGGGCUGCUCCCACACCACGGGGCU